UUCUUAGGCCUUCCUGGACCACAGGGACAGCAAGGGCCCCUUGGACAACCAGGCCAACAGGGAUCUCCAGGUUUGCCGGGACCACUCGGCCCGCCAGGACCAGCUGGACAGUCUGGACAACCAGGUUUGGCAGGGACUCAGGGAGCUCCUGGUGACAGAGGAAAUCCAGGUUUUCAAGGAUCUCCUGGUCAACCUGGACCAAGUGGACCACAGGGACUGCAAGGUCUACCAGGAGCUACAGGAGGUCCAGGGUCAAUUGGUCCUGCUGGAUAUCCUGGGCAACCUGGAACAGAUGGAAUCAAAGGAUUGCCUGGAGAUACAGGAUCGAUUGGUCCACUUGGUCAACCUGGUUUACAAGGAGCACAAGGUCAUUAUAUUUAUAGCUUUGGAAUAGGUUAA